AUGGCGAAAGAAGUCCGGGAAUACACGCUGGAUGAGGUGAAGGCCCACCAGACCAAAAAGGACCUGUGGGUAGCCAUUCAUGGCAAAGUUUACGAUAUCACGGGAUACGUUCGCGACCAUCCUGGCGGCGCAGACGUGCUGGUAGACGUUGCGGGAACCGAUGCCACUGAAGCGUACGAGGAUGUUGGCCAUUCCGAAGAUGCCAAUGAGAUUCUGGCGACCUAUCUCAUCGGCACCCUCAAGGGCGCUCAGGACUUCGUCCGCAAACAGGCUGUGCGAGUGAUUCAACCACAGCCCGUCGCCCCCGUCGCCGCGCCCAAGGGUUCGGGAUCGUCCCUCGGGGCCCUAUCUGUAACGGCCGCCUCCAUUGGUAGUCUGCUGGCGCUUUACUUUUCCUCGCGACACCACGCGGGCUUUAACCACGUGCUGGCCCAGCUCCCUCGUCUCCAGCUCCCACAAAUUCCAGCGGGGUACGGGAAGUCUCUGCAAGGUGGAUUCGGGGGUGGCUUCCUGGUGGCGAGCGCCAUCUCCGCGGUAGUGGGCAGUGUGGUCGCCUCGCGAUUGUCCAAACUCACUCAGAUCCAGACCGGUUUCACACACUACCCGCCGCACAUGAAGUCACGCCGGAGGCCCACACCCAACCCCCACCUUGUGGAGGGCUUCCUCCACCCCAAGUCUUACCAAAACCUCCCCCUGGUGCGGAAAGAUGCCCUCUCGCCUAACGUCUACCGCUUCGUCUUCCAGCUACCGGGUCCACGAGAUGUGAUCGGGCUGCCAAUCGGCCAGCAUGUCGCCAUCCAGACCACCAUUGACGGCCAUACUGUCUCCCGCUCGUACACGCCGACAUCUAACAACCUCGACCUGGGCCGGUUAGAGCUGGUUAUCAAAUGCUACCCGGACGGCCUCCUGACAGGAAAGUAUCUGGCAAACUUGGAGGUGGGCGACCGCGUGCAGUUCCGCGGGCCCAAGGGCGCCAUGAAAUACCAGCGCGGACUGUGCCGGCAGAUCGGCAUGAUCGCGGGCGGGACGGGCAUCACACCCAUGUACCAGCUCAUCCGGGCCAUCUGCGAGGACGACACGGACACGACCCAGAUCUCAUUGGUGUACGCCAAUCGCACCGAGGAUGACAUCCUGCUGCGGGACGAGCUUGACGCCUUCGCGCGACGGUACCCACAGAACCUCAAGGUCUGGUACAUGCUCGAUCACCCGCCGCAGGACUGGGCGUAUGGGUCGGGCUAUGUGACGCCGGCGGUGAUGGCGGAGAAGCUCCCGGCGGCGGGUCCCAACACCAAGACGAUGCUGUGUGGACCACCAGGCAUGGUGAACGCAGCGAAGAAGGGCUUGGUGGCUGCUGGGUAUGCCUCUCCAGGGGCUGUGGCCAAGAUGACAGAUGAGAUCUUCUGUUUCUAG